UGUUGUUGUUACUUGUUGUUUGUAUAAGUGUUAUAACGUUAUAACACUUAUAACGUUAUAAGUGUUUGUAGUGUUUGUACUAUUGUACUUUUCUGUCUGUCAGAACCUCAGAACUCAGAAUAUUUUCAGUCCUUCAGACUUGCCUUGAAACUUGUUGAUUAGUUGAAUUGGUUUAACGACGUUAUUCGUGGGACAUUUUACGUUCUCCACACGUCGUCGAAUAUCAAUUUUCAUCAUUUAACAUAAUUUUUCAUCGCGAAUAGUUAAUUGUUAUAUUCAACACUUCAACAGSAAGGUCUCAUCGUUUUACCAAUUUAAUUAUUGUUGAAUGCUUUGCGCGACCAUUUCGAGUUUUUGUUUACUGUACGCCUAAGCAUUUACUGUACGUUUUGAGCCCACGGCUACAUUGACGGACAUCGAAGAUAUGUACGAAUUACCUAGCAUGUUGAAAACGGCGUACUUCGCUUGCAACCAGAUAGAGCGUAACAAGUACGACUUGCUGCAGGUGCCUAAAGUCGAUUUGCGAAACUGUUGUGAGUUGCUGUUCGAAAUGUUGGAACUCGACAAAAACUUAAACCCUGGCAACGAUAGGCAGACCAUGUUCAGUAGGUCGCGAUUCCCCGACAAUGAAAAUCUGAAGUUUAAAACAAUAUGCGAUAAGGCAGCGUUGAAUGGUCACAUCGAUUGUCUGAAACUCGCUCACGAGAUAGGCGUACCUUUGGAYCAGUGGACGUGUUUUAGCGCUGCGUCAAGUGGACAUUUGGGCUGUUUAGUAUACGCCCGGGAAAAGGGCUGCCCGUGGAACGAAGACGUGUGCAGCACCGCUGCAUUGAACGGACACAAGGACUGUCUGGUUUAUGCCGUGGAAAACGGCUGUCCGUGGAAUAAGAAAACAUGCAGCAACGCCGCUUUAAAUGGGCACAUAGACUGUCUGGUAUAUGCUCGGGAAAACGGAUGCUUGUGGAGUUUGGAAACAUGCAGCAAUGCUGCGUUAAAUGGGCACAUGAAUUGCUUGGUGUAUGCACGAGAAAAUGGUUGCUGGUGGGACAAGAAGACUUGCAGCAAUGCUGCCUUGAACGGUCACUUGAACUGUUUGGUUUACGCACGAGAAAAUCAUUGUUCGUGGAACAUAGACACAUACAGCAGCGCUGUGUCAAAUGGCCAUGUAGACUGCAUAAAUUAUGUAAAGAAGAAUGAGUGUCCAAUAKAUAACGCAGAUGAUUACGAUUUUAGUCCUUCUAAUAUUCGAUUUUAGUUACAUAUAUUUUCAUUAUGCUUUGUUGUACAACCUCUCAAUGUACCUUGAGUGUGUUUKAAAAUUGAUGCCAUAUGGGUGACCCAGAUCUUAACAUCUCAAAGAAUAUUUUAUCGCUAAAGUUUUAUUAAUAUGAAAUAUUGACUUUUUAUCAUACUUUUAUGUUACGAGUUCUUUGCAUCGGCUACACUUCAGUUUAUUUUGUAUUCUGUUAUGGAACUCUAUACAGAUACA